GCAAAGAGGAGGUGGGAGAGGAAGCAGGCCUAACCUCUCAUAGUUUUAUACUAGGAAUUUACAUCAUCUACUAGAUACGACAUAUCUUGGUUGUUUUUAACGGCAUCGGCCCGGGCCUCAGUCCGCGGCCUUGAGUUGAGCCACUGGUCGAGAUUGAAGCUCGCCAAUCAGUGCGCAAUCACGGUGAAACAGAUUCAGUGCUCGUCAUGGGCGACAGCAGAGACUCUCGUAGUCCAGACAGUUCGUCUGUUUCCUCCCCUCCCUCCGGGCAACGCUCUCCUCCUCCUGCCCCCUCUGCCGCUGCUAUGACAUCACUGCCGCCCAUCACCUCGGCUGUGAACAGCCCAAUCAGCAGCAUCGGUUCGCCCUUCUCUGUUAUCAGCUCUUCCCUGGGAUCGCCAUGUCUACCGGGGACGCCCUCUGUCGGCUACGGACCAAUCAGCAGCCCUCAGAUCAACUCCACAGUGUCCAUGUCAGGCCUGCAUACGGUGAGCAGCUCUGACGACGUGAAGCCACCGUUUGGGCUGAAGCCGAUGUCGGGUCACAGCCCUGGGCCCAUGCUCUCCCAGAAACGCCUCUGUGCCAUCUGUGGAGACCGCUCGUCCGGGAAGCACUAUGGGGUGUACAGCUGUGAAGGCUGUAAGGGUUUCUUUAAGAGGACAGUACGGAAGGACCUGAGCUAUACGUGCAGAGACAAUAAGGACUGCAUGGUGGACAAACGCCAGCGCAACCGCUGCCAGUACUGUCGCUACCAGAAGUGCCUGGCCAUGGGCAUGAAGAGAGAAGUGGUCCAAGAUGAACGACAACGAUCUGUACAGGAAGAGCGUCAGAGGAACAAGGAGAGAGACGGAGAGGUGGAGUCCACCAGUGCUGUGAACGAGGAGAUGCCCGUGGAGAAGAUUCUGGAAGCGGAGAUGGCCGUGGAGCAGAAGACGGAGCUGCAUGCGGACGGCAGCUCGGGGGCCAGCUCUCCCAACGACCCGGUGACUAAUAUCUGUCAGGCGGCCGAUAAGCAGCUCUUCACACUGGUGGAGUGGGCCAAGAGGAUCCCACACUUCUCUGAGCUGCCUCUGGAUGACCAGGUCAUCCUGCUACGCGCUGGUUGGAACGAGUUACUGAUCGCGUCGUUCUCCCAUCGCUCAAUCACAGUGAAGGACGGCAUCCUGCUGGCCACCGGCCUCCACGUCCACAGAAACAGUGCCCACAGCGCUGGAGUCGGAGCUAUUUUCGACAGGGAGAGUACGCACACUGCAGAGGUUGGGGCCAUAUUUGACAGGGUGCUGACGGAGUUGGUCAGUAAAAUGAGAGACAUGCAGAUGGAUAAGACUGAGCUGGGCUGCCUGCGAGCCAUCAUUCUCUUUAAUCCAGAUGCGAAAGGUCUGUCAAGCCCGAGUGAGGUGGAGUUACUGAGGGAGAAAGUCUAUGCAUCGCUGGAGGCUUACUGUAAACAGAGAUACCCUGACCAGCAGGGAAGGUUUGCUAAGCUCCUCCUCCGACUGCCAGCACUGCGCUCCAUUGGUCUGAAGUGUCUGGAGCAUCUGUUCUUCUUCAAACUGAUUGGUGAUACCCCCAUUGACACCUUCCUCAUGGAGAUGCUGGAGGCACCACAUCAGCUGACUUAAUCCGGUUGGUUCCAGAUCGAUCUGGUUUUGCACCAGAGCUCCCGGCUCUCUUGGACUGGGGCUUCACUGUGUCUACUAGUUUAAAAAAAAAAAAAAAAAAAAAAAAAGGUCACACUCACACAGCCUCCCUCUUCCUCCCUUUCCAUCUCUCGUUCCCGGUACAGAGGAAAGACCCUUAGCCGUUAAAAAUGACAAACAGAUUUAAAAAAAACAAAAAUUAUGUUUUCCACUCAGACCUUGUCACUGUAUGUGAGGUAAUGAUGUUUGUUGAAUGAACUUUUUUUAACCUGUCGGCCAUAGUUCUAUCACAAGCUAGGCCUCAGUUUUUAGACAUCAAACAUCUGGUUUUGAGAAGCCCCCAGGAUUGAUUUGGUUUGUAUGUUAUCUGUAACGUAUGGAUGGUACGUUUUCUCAUGACACAGCAGUUAGGCAGGCCAUUUGAUUGGCCCAGUGAAACGUCACUCAAAUCUCAACUCUGGAUGACUGGGACAUGAUGGCCAAUAAUCCCAUUUGCAGUUCACGAAUUGCAUUGUGACUACAGAAUAUUGAUGAAGUGCUGUGUUUGGCUUGUUACGUUAUAAAAAUUGAUAUUAAGUGCUGUACUCAUAAAAUGAGUCAAACCGAAACGACGGGUUGAAUUGAAUGGCUGGCCGUCGGUGAAAUCGAAACCAGGGUUUUCUACAGUGAAGCGUUCGUGACACGUGAUUUUUCCAGAAGGCGGAAUGGUACAGCUGGAACGUUAUGGGACAAAUCCUGGGGUUUCUCUCUCUUUUUCUUUCUUUUUUUUCUACGUGGACAUCCAGAGAACAGCAUUGAUCCACAUCAUCAGGACUUAAAAUACAAACUGAUUCUGCCCAGUGGCCUCAUUCUCAGUCAUUGGAAAAUGCUUGCUCGCCACCCAGAUGCAUGAUAUCCAUGUCAGGUAUGUGUGUGUGUGUUUGCUCUCAGUGAUGUGUCUCACAGUCGCUCUCUCUUUUCUAUUCUGUUUUUUUUUUUUUUUUUGAUGGAGUGGGUGGUAAUUGUGAUACAGGUUGACUUUUGUUCUCUCUGUUUUGUGUCUAUCCAACACAAUAUCAGUGUGCUAUGUUCCCAUUGAGCUAGUCUGAAAAGAGCAAAUAUGUCUUUUUGUUGUUGUUUUUUUUGGUAGCUUGAGAGAGUAUUUAGCACCUUAACCUUUAUGUGCUUAAAUAAAAAAAAAAAAUUAUGAAGACACAGUCCGAUGCCUUCGGUGGUAGCAACAGUCAUGAAGGGGUCACGUCAUGUCCCACAAGCCCUGUGAAAAGGUGAAAAGACCCCUGACCUUGGCCAUCCUGGUGGGCCAGUUGCAGUAGAUGGCUCAAUUUCGUGGAUAUAUUAAAAGUCAACGUGCCCAGUGUUUUAUCGGUUGGCUUUAAGUGCUUGUAGCCUUUUUGUGUGUGUGUGUGUGAGAGAGAGUGUGUGUGUCAAAGUUUACCUGAAACAGCAGGUUUCUGGAGAGGCCUCAGUCACUGAUGAGUGGAAAGAGGAGCAGCUAAUCGAAACCAGUUCAAACCGGUCAACCAGCAUCACAUCAUUAUCUAUGCAUCCAAAACAGGAGAAAGAUUGUCAAAUACACACCGCAAGCAGUGCUGUUUCAUACAUGCACACACACUAUCUGCAACUAUGUACAGAAUUUCUGAUACAAGCACACACUGUCCACAAGUGUAUGCAAAAACAGUCACACACACACUUUCAACAACCAACACACUUGAUAGAACAUGUAAGAAGGUUAAGCUCGGUUUGUGAGGUGAACAAAUGAGUUACUCUGUAUAAAAAAAUAAAAAAAAAAACACAUGCAGAUCUAUUAAUACGUGGUGCUCUGGUCUGGAGACAGUAACAGCAUAUGUGUGUUAAGGCUGUGGGCUCACCUCCCCUGAGUGUUCAGGUAGAGAAAGAAACAUAUAUAAACUCCCGGGGGCGGAGCCCUGUGUAGGUUGCAAUAGCCAACAGGUUCCAUGUUUUCGGUGCUAAACAAAUCUGAUCAUUAGACCUUAAGGUCUAAUACCAAUGCAAACACAGGUAUACACACCAUCCACAUUUCAGUGCAUGUCCAUAUGCACAUUCUGAUUCGCAUUAGUUUGUUUUUAUUUGUUUUUGACUGUUUUUUUCUCUUAAAUCAUUGAAAGGUGCAAUUCCUUAUCUACUGAAAUGCAGUGAAGGCCUUGAAAAGGAUCUGAGGUUUGUGCUCAGGGUUUGAGUCCCAGACUCUGAGAAUUCUGCUCUUCACAUCCUAAAAUCCUGUUUAAUUACAGCAAACAGUAUCUUCUCUCUGUCACAAAAUGCAGCCGUUUUGUGUGUGUGUGCGUGUGUGAGAGCGUCCGUCUUUUAAGUGUUUGAUGCUCAGAUGUGGCUCUAAAUAGGAACGACCCUUGUCCGUUAUCCCCUGUAUCAUCUGUCUGCUACUACUGGUGUCUAGGGGUUCCUCAGAUAUACAGGCUGAAGGCAAGUCUGGUGAAACAGGCAGACAACUGUAUGGCUCAACUCUGAUGGUUGAGACUGCUGAGUUUUAGGGGUAAGAGUGUGGUGGUUGCUCUUUUUUUGGACAACGUGCACUGGGUUUGUGUGUUAAGAGUGAGUGUGUGUGUGUGUGUGUGUUGGCAUGAACUUGAAGCCACACCAGUGAACGUGAGUCUGUCUGUCGCAGUGUUUUCUGCCUGAGAGAGGGAUGAAAGAGAGAGAAUAUUGGUGGAUAAGUGAAGACCUUGGAGAAGGACAUCUUCAUAUAUUUGUGAAGGCUCUUUAAAACAGAGUGUGGCAGCCUUGGUUUUCUGACUUGAUUUGAGAUGCGGCCUGUGAAACUGUAGCCUGACAAAGGUCUAAACAAGGCUGUGCACCAGAGCCUGUGGUUAUAUGGGGUUUGACAACCAGAAUCCAUUUUUUUAUUAUUUCAGAAUAGUUCAUGUCUUUUAUUUUUCUCUCCUCCAUCUUUCAUGUAACAUCUAUGUGAAAUGGGCUGAACAAGUAUAGCACUUUGAGACAGGUUGACAUUAUGAUGUCAUAAUUGCAUUCAGAGGCAGUCCACAGCCACAUUCUGACUCACUGUAACAAAUGGAAAAAACUGCUGGUUACCUGUAACACACUAUAGCACUGCCAAACAAACAGAAGAAUUUUAGGGGUACCCAUAAUCCUCUCUGGCUGUCUGUAGGUAUGUGAAAGUCUCUGAUGAGCUGUGUUCAUUGAAGAGAGAAAAAAUUUAACAGACAUUUGUUCGACUCCACAGGUGCUUUGGGUUGCGGCUUGGUGCUGUACUUCUUGAUUAAAAAAAAAAAAAAAGAAAUUAUUGUCUCUCUUGAAAUUCCCUUAUUAUUUUACGAGACAGAAGGGAGUGGGGGGAGACGCGUGGAAAAUAUGCACAGUAUGGACUUGAAUUGUUUGAGCUAGAGUGGUGUUUUUUUAGGGUGUUUCUGUGUCUGUUGCAGCAUAAAGAGUGUGUUUACAUUUUUAUUUGCCAGGACGCUGCCAGCAAAUGUUGACUUGUCCUAAAAAUUACAUUUACAUAUAUGUAAAUGAAGUGGAUAUUUUGAAAAGUCCCAAAGGAGCCACAUGUUAGCCACACCCCCUGCCCAGUGCACCUUUAUGAUAGUCUUGCAAAGGAGGAGGGUUUUUUUUAACAGGUGGGGGGGAUGUCAUACCCUUAAAGGGGCAGUGUUGGGUUUUCCAAACGGAGAGAAGACCGUAUGAUAAUACAGAGAAAAGAUGGCGAAUUGGCAUUGAAUGCAUCAGUUUUACUUGAGCUAAUAUUGAUAUGUUGAGUAUAAUCUUUUUUUCCUGUUUAGUGCUCUCCUAUGUUGACUCCCACCAAAAACAAAAAAAACAUGAAAACAAACAAUGCUACUUUGUAUAUGCUUGACUAUCUUCAUAAUGCGUCUCAUUUUUGUGCAUAGAAAAGGUAUUAAACGGAGCCCAUUCUAAGUUUUCUUCUCGUUUUCUCACCCCCUGUUCGGGUUGUCUGACUCCAGGAGAAUAGUUCAAAAUGAUCGACUGUAUUGUUUGUAUUUGCGGUAAGAAGAAAAAAACAACAACUUUUUUUCCCCGUUUUCUUUUCAUUUUGUCAUUAAUUCUGAAACUCUUUCUGUUUGAUGUACCAUGUCUGAAUAAAAGUUUUAAUACAUUA